AUGCCUGCCUUUGACCACUUGAUAAAGCGAGAACAAUUUACUUGUAUUUCACUCAUAUUUAUCUGUAAAGUUGUUCAGAAAGUUCUGGAAAAGUGCCUCAAGUGCAACAAAACAGUCACGGAACGGCUCAUACGAUCUCGUGGAGGUGCAUGGCAUCCUGGUUGCUUCGUCUGUGAAACAUGCCAAAAACCACUCGAGGGCAUUCCAUUCACGGCUACUCCCAUAGACAAGCCCUACUGCAUACCAUGCUAUCAGGAGACGAAGGCACGAAUACUGCACAUGAGCCCACGCCUAAACCUGACGAAGGUACCUCUACUGCGGCUGAGCCUACUCCAAAAGCCUGUAAGAUUUUAG